AGUUUUUAACUCUUCUAUGAACACUGGAGGUGCGUCUUUACUCAGAGGACAAACUAUCCUGUAAUGUUCUGAGUCUAUUCAAUAUUUCAGUAUUUUUCCUGCCGCGUUACAACAGGUGUCCGCUGUUGGAGUACACAGUAGUCUGAUGUGUGCCAUCGCUUUGUCCCAUACGGCAGCUGAAAGUAACUUUAAAGACUAAUCAUAUGAAUCCGUAAAGUCCAACUGUGAAGUCACGACAUUAUGUCAACAUCCAUGGAAAUAACUGAUUAACCGAGAGCUUCGGGCGUUUUCAACAUUUGUCCGGGAGGAAAAACGGCUGUCGUGGAGGUAAGGGUUCCCAGUCCUGUGUGGGAUGUUAACAGACUGGUGGCGCGUUGAGGCUGAAGGAGCAUGGUGAAACACCAACCCUUACAGGUCUAUGAGAAGCAGGUCUUUGUGUCCUUUGUCACUGGGAUCUAUGGUUGCCGCUGGAAACGCUACCAGCGUUCCCAAGACGACAGCUCCAGGUGGGAGUGUACAUGGUUCAUCCUCUUGUGCAGUUCUUUCUUUCUGCUUCUCUUUUGGGCCUACUUCUGGUUGGUGGCUCAAAAUGAUUUCAACGACUUCAACUGGUCAGUAUACAACCGCUCUGGAGAAUGGAGGGAUGAGACGAUCCCCAUCCUGGCAUCCACCACCGUGGGAUUCAGCUACAUUACAUUCUUAAUGAUUUUAGCACUUUUCCAUAUAUCAUUGGGCCAGCAGCUGAACCUCUACUGGGUUCACAAGAUCGGAGUGUUGGCUACGCUGCUCACCACCAUUUCUGGUGUUGUCUCUGUUGACGACAUAUGGGGAGAGGAGUGGGACAUCCUGCUUGUAUCACUGCAGUCCACAGCACCGUUCUUGCACAUUGGAGCCCUGGCAACAGUCACAGCUAUCAGCUGGUUGGUAGCUGGAUAUGUGGUCCGCAGAGAGAGAUCCAAUUUCCAGGUGAUGGUGUUGCUGAUCUACAUCAUCAUCCUCCUGGCUCUCUAUUUGGUUCCACUCACAUUCACCUGUCCCUGCAUCAUGGACCACCACAGCCUCAAACCUCGACCAGACAUCAUUGGUCGACGGGGAGCUCCUAUGCUGGCUCCAGAAAAUACCAUGGUGUCCUUUAACAGAGCCCUGCAGCAUGGAGCCAGCUCCCUGGAAGUUGACGUCACUCUCAGUGUGGACGGGGUUCCCUUCCUCAUGCGAGACCGCACCUUGAGGCGAACCACGGACGUUAGUAAAGUCUUUCCAGCCAGACAGUAUGACGAUGCCUCUUUCUUCAACUGGACAGAGAUACGGUCUCUAAACGCAGGCCAGUGGUUUUUAGAGAGUGACCCCUACUGGACAGUAGAAACCCUGACAGCAAGGGAUCGGAGCCGAAUAGGCAACCAGACGGUAUGCAGUCUGCUGGAAAUGCUGCGUCUGACAGCCAGGGCCAAUGGCUCUGCACUGCUCAACAUCCGCAGACCUCCACCAGAGCACCCACGCUACCGGACCUGGUUCAUGGACACGCUGUGGGCUGUGCAGAAAGCAGGGAUCUCCCAGAAGAGGGUGAGGACUGUGACGUGGACCCCCGACACGGACAGGGGGAGGGUGCGAGGGUUUCAGCAGACCGCAAAUGAGAAGCUGUCGGUGGCAGAGAUAAGACAGAGGGGGAUCACAAGCCUGACCCUCCACUACAGCAAGGCCAGCCACAAAGACAUACAGGAGUAUCUGGCCAAUAAUGUGAGUGUGACUGUCUACCCAGUGAAUGAGCCCUGGCUCUACUCCAUUCUGUGGUGUAGCGGGGUGCCUUCUGUGUCCUCUGAUGCCCCCCAAGUCCUCCAAAAGGUGCCUUACCCCAUCUGGCUCAUGAGCCAGAACGCUUACGACUUCAUCUGGAUCACCUCAGAUCUAGUCUCCCUCGCCGUAGUCAUUGGGAUUUUCUGUUUUCAGAAGUGGAGGAUGAGCGGGAUGCAGAACUAUAACCCAGAACAGAUUAUGCUGAGCGCUGUGACGCGUCGGACCAGUCGGGACGUCAACAUCAUGAAGGAGAAGCUCAUAUUCUCAGAACUGAACAACGGGCUCAGCAGUACAGAGGAGCUCUCUCUGUAUCCUGAGAACGGUUAUGCGAGAUACUCUCAUGGAGGCCUCAGUCGCUGAAUCCAUCACUACUUCCCCUGAAACCAUGGAGAUGUUGAAACACGCUGGAUGGUAUUUUACUGUCAGAACAAAAAGGAGAGCAUGAGAGAAACUGACAUGUUGGUCAACUUACCCUUUAAAUAAUGAGAGCAUAGAUACCAAAUCUUGUCUAUUUUAUGGCCUACUGAUUGAUCACUUUAUGAACUUAUGUGCAAGAUAAUUUUUGGAUCUGUUUCAGGCGUAUUUGUCCACAUGGCAGUGAUGCACUCUCCCAUCAUCUAGCCCCUGCUACAGUAGAUAGAAACAUCCAUGUUAAUUAAUAUCCUGCAUAUGACUGCCUGUCUAAGUCACAUUCCAUCAAAAUUGUUCACCAUUCACCUUCAAACCAGAUUUUGGGGUUUUACAGGUUUUGACGUAAUACAUUUGUGUGCUAAACAGUUGUUUAAUCAGUAAACGAAUGUCUCAAAAACAUGAUGUAAGAUUGAAUUUCAGCCCAAAUCAAUUAAACCAGGUGAAAAUGUAAUUUGUUCUGUAUUAAAACCAAUUUCAGAUUUGAAACUAGAACGUUGUUAUCUAGUAAUAAAAAAAGUGAAUGAAACACAAGUUUCACCUGCUUCUAAUACAAAUUUUGGGCUAGAAAUCAAUCUGACAAACACGAGGACUUUCAGUUCAGUCUGUUUGCUCGAGUGACCUUCUUAAAAGUUUUAUUUGAGUUAAUAAAGGCUGUAAUGAUGUAUUUUUCCAUGUCAUUUACUUCACUGUUGUUUUAUAACAGAGGGAAUGGGCCGUGUAGUAUUCUGUAUUAUACAUUGAUGUAAAUAUGAGUUGUUUUACAUGUUUUUAUUUUUUUUUCCGUCUGAGAGGAUUUUCAGAGGGUUUGCAUUUAUUAUCAUUUUGACUGAUGUCCUCUUUUAAGUGUGACAGACAGAUUAGGGCAUGUAUGACACUUAUUUUCUUGCAGUUUAAUAGGAUAAGGGUUUUUUGGGGUGGGGUGGGGGGGUCACUAUAUUCUGGUCAAUGUUCUUAUCUCUUUCUCUGCCUCUCUUCUGUCAUGCCAUGAUUGAUUUACUUUAUAGUCAUAUUAGCUGUUACAACUUUCACAUGGCUGCCUUUUUGUUAAAUUGAUGGACUGGUAGAAUAUUGUAGAAUAUUUUUUGUCUAUAGUUUAAAAAUAAGGGUACAAAUUUCAAGAUGCGUCCACACUUUUAGCUGCAGACUUG